UAUCUACGUGGGUGUGCUCUUUCUUACGCAGAUUCAGAGAAACUACACUACAUUCUGUACAAAAACAAAUCUCUUAUCAAUUUUUACAGUAAAAUGGCUGAAGGUGGCAUUUUGCUGGAUCAGGACCAGUUCAGCUGUUCGAUCUGUCUGGAUCUACUGAAGGAUCCGGUGGCUAUUCCCUGUGGACACAGUUACUGUAUGGGCUGUAUUAAUGGCUGCUGGGAUCAGGAUGAUCAUACUGGUGUCUAUAGCUGUCCCCAGUGCAGAGAGACCUUCACCCCAAGGCCUGUUCUGGGCAGAAACACCAUGCUGGCUGAAGUGGUGGAGAAACUGAAGAAGACAGGACUCCAAGCUGCUCCUCCUGCUCACUGUUACGCUGGACCUGGAGACGUGGCGUGUGAUAUCUGCACUGGGAGAAAGCACAAAGCCGUCAAGUCCUGCCUGGUGUGUCUGGCCUCUUACUGUGAAACUCACCUCAAACUUCACAAUGAGCUUCACCCAGGAAAUACACACAAUGUCAUCCAUGCUUCUGGACGCCUGCAGGACAAUAUUUGCCGUCAGCAUAAAAAACUGCUCGAGGUUUAUUGUCGUACCGAUCAGCAGUGUAUCUGUCUGCUGUGUGUGAUGGAUGAACACAGAGGCCAUGAUACAGUUUCAGCUGCAGCAGAAAGGACUGAGAAACAGAAGCAGCUGGGGGCGACACAGAGUAAAUUCCAGCAGAGAAUCCAGGAGAGAGAGAAGGAGCUGCAGGAUCUGAGACAGGCUGUGCAGUCACUCAAGCACUCUACACAGGCAGCAGUGGAGGACAGUGAGAGGAUCUUUACUGAGAUGAUCCGCUCCAUUGAGAGAAGGUGCUCUGAGGUGAAAGAGCUGAUCAGAAAUCAGGAGAAGGCUGAAGUGAGUCGGGCUGAAGGACUCCUGGAGCGACUGGAGCAGGAGAUUGCUGAGUUGAGGAGGAGAGACACUGAGCUGGAGCAGCUUUCACACACAGAGGAUCACAUCCAUUUCCUCCAGAGCUGUCAGUCUCUCUGUGUCCCUCCUGGACCUGGAGACUUACCCAGCAUCACUGUCAGUCCACACGUCUCUUUUGAGGCUGUGAGGAAAUGUGUCUCUGAGCUGAAAGAGCGACUGGAGGACGUCUGCAAGGGGGAACUGCUCAAAAUCUUUGAAUCAGUGAAAGAAGUCCAUACUGUAGAGCCCAGGACCAGAGAGGAUUUCUUACAGUAUUCCUGUCAGCUCACACUGGACCCCAACACAGCGUAUAAACAGCUCCGUCUGUCCGAAGGGAACAGAGAGGUGACAUGUGUGAGAGAGAUCCAGUCAUAUCCUGAUCAUCCAGAGAGAUUUGACUACUGGUGGCAGGUGCUGUGCAGAGAGGGCCUGUCUGGAUGCUGUUACUGGGAGGCUGAGUGGAGUGGAGAUAAUGGGGUUUAUAUAGCAGUGUCAUAUAAAGAGAUCAGCAGGAAAGGAGGGGGUGAUGACGCUGCUCUGGGGCGCAAUAACGAGUCUUGGACUUUGCGCUGCUCUGCCUCCAGUUAUUCUUUCUGGCACAAUAAUGAGCACACUGAAAUCCCUGCUCCCUCCUCCUCCAGAAUAGGAAUAUACCUGGAUCACAGGGCAGGAACUCUGUCCUUCUACAGUGUCUCUGACACAAUGACCAUCCUGCACACAGUCCAGACCACAUUCACUCAGCCCCUCUACCCUGGGUUUGACAUUAGUCUUGAAUCUUCUGUGAAACUGUAUGAUCUGUGAUGAGAGAGAGGGAGGAUCAGCUGUAAUCAGAGUGAGAGAAAAACACUGCAGUGAGACAAGACAGAGAGGAGAAGUUAAUAAGACAUGGAAGUUGUAUUUAUAGUACUGAUCGUUUAGCCUGCAACCAUCAGGAGAGCCUCCCAAAUAGGAAGAUAUAAACUCACUGAGCACUUUAUGAGGAACAUUUUAACUUUAUUACACCUACUUAUUCAGCCGAUCAUCCAAUCAGCCAAUUGUGUGGCGGCAGUGCAUUGCAUACAAUUAUGUAGAUAUGGUUCAGGAGCUUCAGUUAAUGUUCACACAAACCAUCAGAAUGGGGGAAAAACGUGACCAUGGAAUGAUUGUUGGUGGCAGACAGGUUGAUUUGAGUAUCUUAGAAAUCUCCUCGGACGUACACUAGUCUCUUGAGCUUACAAAGCCAAAAAUGAAAAGUGAGCACAGUUCUGCAGACUGAAACGCCUUGUUAAUGAGAGAUGUCAGGGAGAAAGGCCAGACUGGUCAAAGCUAAUGUACUCUUUUUCAAAACUCUUCACACAGUGUGCUUUUGAAACACACACCUGAGCACAUCAGUUAACCUUUGGUGCAAAAUCCACCAAAACACUUCAUAUUUCACCCAAAAGUGACUCUUGCUGCCAUAAUUAUAGCAUAUGCUUUCUCCCAUAAGACUACUUUGUCACUCAAUGUUCAAUGAACGACAAAACACAAACAACUUGGAGCAUUGCUAAAUACAUAUAUUAUGUGUUUCCCUUUCCUCUAUUUUUGCAUCCACAAAUAUUUCAAGCCAAGCAGCUAAAGAAACUUUUGAUCUGUUGGUUUGCCUCUCAUAAUAGACGUCAUGACUGAGUGUGGUAAAUAUACAGUAAACUGUAAAUAAAUGAAUGUUUUACUAUAUUGGAAACCUAGAAUAACUAUGUUUACUGUGUAAUGUAAAACAUCCAUCCAUCCAUCCAUUAUCUGAACCCGCUUAUCCUGAACAGGGUCGCAGGGGGGCUGGAGCCUAUCCCAACAUACAUUGGGCGAAAGGCAGGAAUACACCCUGGACAGGUCUCCAGUCGAUCGCAGGGCACACACACCAUUCACUCACACACUCAUACCUACGGGCAAUUUAGACUCUCCAAUCAGCCUUACCUGCAUGUCUUUGGACUGUGGAAGGAAACCGGAGUACCCGGAGGAAACCCAAGCAGACACGGGGAGAACAUGCAAACUCCGCACAGAAAGGCCCCGGCCGACGGGGAUUCGAACCCAGGACCUCCUUGCUGUGAGGCGUAAUGUAAAACAAUAUAUGAUAAAGAAACAAAUCACAAAAGCAACAGUAUUCUUCAGAGGGUUUACAGUAUUUUGACGUUUGUUCUCACAGUGCAAUAUACUGUAAUUCAGAAAAGAAUACAAUACAAUCAAUUACUCAAGAUACAUUACAAUCAAUAACAAAUACAGUCAUGGACAAAAGUAUUGGCACCCCUGCAAUUCUGUCAGAUAAUGCUCAGUUUCUCCCAGAAAAUUGUUGCAGUUACAAAUGUUUUGGUUUUAAUAUCUUUAUUUGUUUGGCUUGCAAUGAAAAAACACAAAAAAGAAUCGACAAAAAUCCAAAUCAGAUAUAAUUUUACACCUAAAUCAAAAAAGGGCCGGACAAAAGUAAUAUUUGGUAGCACAGCCUUUAGAAAAAAUAACUGAAAACAAUCGCUUCCUGUAAACAUCAAUGAGUGUCCUACACCUCUCUACUGGAAUUUUGGACCACUCUUCUUUUGCCAACUGCUCCAAGUCACUCAGAUUUGAAGGGUGCCUUCUCCAAACAGCUUUUUUGAGAUCUCUCCACAGAUGUUCUAUGGGAUUCAGAUCUGGACUCAUUGCUGGCCACUUCAGAACUCUCCAGCGCUUUCCCUCAAACCAUUUCUGAGUGCUUUUUGAAGUGUGCUUUGGGUCAUUUCCUGCUGGAAGACCCAUGACCUGUGAUGGAGACCCAGCUUUCUGACACUGGGCCCUACAUUGCGCUCCAAAUUUCUUUGGUAGUCUUCAGAUUUCAUGAUGCCAUGCGCACAGUCAAGGAGUCCAGUGCCAGAGGCAGCAAAGCAACCCCAAAACGUCCUGGAACCUCCACCAUAUUUGACUGUAGGGACUCUGUUCUUUUCUCUAAAGGCCUCAUUUUGUUUUCUGGAAACAUUGCAUUGAUAUCCUUUACCAAAAAGCUGUACUUUAGUCUCAUCUGUCCACAAGACGUUCUCCCAAAGGGUUUUUGGCUUCUUCAGGUAAGUUUUGGCAAACUCCAUUGUGGAGAGAUGAGACUAAAGUAGAUCUUUAAAGAAUUUGGGAAAUGAUUUGAACUGAGAGGGCGAGGGCGGGGCUCUUGUCCGCGUGGUUAAAAAAAAACACAAGAGCAAGACCACUUCUGAAUGGCUGAAAAUAAACAAAAUUAAAGUUUUGGAGUUCCCUAGUCAAAGUCCUGACGUGAACCCUGCAGUGGGAAAUGACCCAGGAAUCAGGACGGAAGGAAGUCCAGUAAAGGGUCCAGAUUAAUUUAUUCUCAUGCAAUACCAGCAUCACAGGGCCCCGGGGCCUCUGCCUGCAGAAUCCUGUCUGUUGGACUGUGGGUUUCUCUCUCUCAGUCAAUGAAUGAGGCGCUUAAUCAAUGGUCAGUACAAGGUUUGUGUAAGCAUGAGGAUCAGCAGUCUGUCUUUGGACUUCAAAUGUCCUAAUCCACUCGAGUCUCAAACACUGCUCAAUCAAUCAUGCCUGUCACCCGCAUUGCUCAUUAAUUGCCCCCCCUCCCCCAUUUUUAAAUUCUUAAUUUUGCUCACAGUGCCACUCCUGCAUCUGGGGUGGUUUGGUUUUGGUCACAGUGGCACUCCUGCAUCUGGGGGUGGUUGUCUCAUGUUGUAGUUCCCCUUUGGCCUUGAUGGAUCAUUGGCUCUUUGUGGUCAGGGCUCCUCUUCUGCCACUGAUGCCCUCUGCUCUGCUGUGUCACAUCAACACAAUAGACACUGUGGCGGGACCUGGAAGGAGCAGUUCAUGCUGAAAAACCUGCCGACUGUCUGAAUGAAAGCAGCUCUGCAAUAAAGAGGGGGUUUGAAGUUCCUCCACACUCUGCAACAUCAAAUCACACAAGUGUUUGAUUGCAGCUAUUGUUGCAAGAAAUGGUGAAAUCAGAUAUUAAGUUUGAGGAGAUAACUUUUUU